AUGACCGUUACAUCUGGAACUGUUACUGUCAAGAAAGAUAAUUCAAAUUUGAUCGGUAUCAGUAUUGGUGGCGGUGCACCCUUAUGCCCCUGUUUAUAUAUUGUUCAAGUUUUCGAUAACACUCCGGUUGCUAAAGAUGGCACAUUACAAAGCGGCGAUGAAUUGGUCGGAGUCGAUGGGCAAUCUGUCAAAGGAAAAACAAAAGUUGAAGUUGCUAAAAUGAUUCAAUCAUGCAAAGAUGAAGUAAUUAUCAGGUACAAUAAACUUCAUGCAGAUCCAGAACAAGGUAAAACAUUAGAUAUAAUAUUGAAAAAAGUAAAACAUCGUUUGGUUGAAAAUAUGAGUAGUGCAACAGCUGAUGCAUUAGGAUUAUCCAGAGCAAUUCUUUGCAAUGAUACAUUAGUUAAAAAACUAGAAGAAUUGGAAAGCACUGAAAUGAUGUAUCAAGGUCUUGUAGAACAUACGAAAAGAGUAAUGAAAGCAUUUUUUCAAUUACUACAAGUUUACAAAGCUUUCGGUGAUGCUUUUGCCGGAAUCGGUGUAAGAGAACCCCAACCAAGAGCAAGCGAAGCAUUUAGACAAUUUGGAGAUUAUCAUCGUCAAAUGGAAAAAUACGGUUUGCAAAUGCUUAAAACUGUAAAACCAAUGUUAUCGGAUCUUGGCACGUACCUACACAAAGCAAUACCGGAUACGAAACUAACAAUAAAUAAAUACGCUGACACAAAAUUCGAAUAUCUAUCCUAUUGUUUAAAAGUAAAAGAAAUGGACGAUGAAGAAUACAGUUAUGGGAUAUUACAGGAACCACUCUACCGCGUGGAAACGGGAAAUUACGAGUAUCGGUUGAUAUUAAGAUGCAGACAGGAAGCGAGAGCGAGAUUUGCACGUUUAAGAUCAGACGUACUCGUCAAAUUAGAAUUAUUAGAUAACAAACACGUACAAGAUAUUGUUAUACAAUUACAAAAAAUGGUCACCGGCCUUGCAGAUUUUUAUUCGAAAAGUUUACAACUCCUUAAAGAAAACAGUUUGUUUCCCGUCGAAGUAGAUCUUUCUAGAAAUGCAUUUCAAUAUGAGUGUACGAGUCCGGUGAUAAAUGCGGAAGACGACGAUGCUUUAAUAAUAGAAGCCGAAGAAGCAAACGAAGAACCUACUACGGUAGCAGACGAAGCACCAUUAAUACCGGAUAUAAGUUAA